UACACACUGCCAGAGUUUCUGGCCUUAAGGCAGAAGAGCUCUGCUUAUCCCCAAGUUUGUAGGAAGAUUCUCUUCAGAGGAGAGAUUUCUUGACGCUUCUCAGCAUCACCAGUGGCUGUAUUUUGGAAAGAAAAAAAUGGAUUACGUGUAUGGACCAGGAAGGAACCACCUCUUUGUUCCAGGGCCGGUUAACAUCCCUGAACCUGUCAUUCGGGCUAUGAAUAGGAACAAUGAGGAUUACCGUUCUCCUGCUGUGCCAGCAAUGACAAAAUUUCUUCUGGAAGAUGUGAAGAAGAUUUUCAAGACCACUACUGGAACUCCGUUUAUGAUCCCAACAACCGGUACUGGGGCAUGGGAGAGUGCACUUACAAAUACACUGUCACCUGGAGAUCGGAUUGUAUCUUUCCUGAUUGGCCAAUUCAGUCUACUCUGGAUUGAUCAGCAGCAACGCCUCAACUUUAAUGUAGAUGUUGUUGAAAGUGAGUGGGGUCAAGGUGCCAACCUUGACAUUCUUGCUUCAAAACUAGCAGCUGAUACUGCACACACAAUCAAGGCCAUUUGCAUUGUUCACAAUGAGACUGCAACUGGAGUUACCAACAACUUGUCUGAAGUGAGAAAAAUACUUGAUGACUACAGGCACCCAGCACUGUUUCUUGUUGAUGGAGUGUCCUCCAUUUGUGCCCUUGACUUCCGUAUGGAUGAAUGGGGAGUUGAUGUGGCUUUAACUGGCUCUCAGAAGGCUCUUUCUCUACCCACAGGGAUGGGUAUUCUUUGUGCUAGUCCUAAAGCUCUAGAGGCAUCUAAAACUGCAAAAUCUGUUCGAGUUUUCUUUGACUGGAAUGACUACUUGAAGUUUUACAAAUUGGGAACAUUCUGGCCAUAUACCCCUUCAAUCCAACUCCUAUAUGGGCUAAGGGCAGCUCUAGAUCUCAUUUUCGAGGAAGGACUUGAGAAUGUUAUUGCAAGGCAUAGCCGCUUGGGCCAAGCAACAAGGCUUGCUGUGGAGGCUUGGGGCUUGAAGAACUGCACCCAGAAGGAGGAGUGGUACAGUGAUACCGUGACUGCUGUUCUUGUUCCCCCAUACAUUGAUAGUUCCGAAAUUGUUAGAAGGGCAUGGAAGAGAUACAAUUUAAGCUUAGGUCUGGGCCUUAACAAAGUUGCUGGCAAGGUUUUCAGAAUAGGACAUCUUGGCAACCUUAAUGAGCUGCAACUGUUGGGCUGUCUGGCUGGUGUUGAAAUGGUUCUUAAGGAUGUUGGCUACCCAGUUAAGCUGGGAAGUGGAGUUGCUGCCGCCUGUGCAUACCUGCAGAACACAACUCCUCUCAUCCCCUCAAGGAUUUAGGAUUUGAUUAUCCUUCUGUCCGUUUAAUUACUGCUUCAGGUUACUCUGUAAAAAUGCAUGUUUUCCCAUUCCCCUUGCUAAAUAUCAUAUUCCAGAUACACUACUUCUUGUGCUAAUACCUUCUCUUGAAAUUUCUUGAAUUAAAUGUACUGCUAUUGU